AGCAAUCUGAGCUCUAGCUCAUACUUCUCCAAGCUUCGGUACCGACCGCGCAUACCUCUUCGCAGCAGAUGUCUCCAUCUUCGCCCAAGCAUAUCACCCCCGCCGCGGCGUUUCUCAGCCAGACCACAGGUCACAUGACGUACGACAAGAACCCUUUCGCAUCUCACUACGACAUGUGCGCAUUCCCCGGCAGCGUCCCCGAUGCGUUCUCGCCAGAGCAGAGGUCGAAAUUGGCCCCGCUAUGGCUUGACUCCACCCGACCUGGCGGCACGGUCCCGUACCAGGUGGAUGUGAGCCUGCUUGCGCACGGGCGUGAGGAGCAACCGACGACUGUGGUUGUGAGGAACAUGUCACGGGCGAUCACCCGCGACGUAUUCUUGGAGGUGCUGGAUGCGAAGGGCUUCUGGGGCCAGUACGAUUUCGUGUACCUGCCAAAGGACUACGGCAAGGGCUGCUGCUUCGGCUUUGCCUUUGUCAACCUGGUGACGCCAGAGGCCGCCAGGCACUUCCACGAAGUGUUUGGGGUGACCUCCCAGUCAGCGGAACUCGGCUGCGUGGAGGUGGGUUGGGCCACCCUGCAGGGGCUGCAUCGGCACGUCGAGAAGUUCCGCAACAGUCCGGUGAUGCACGAGAGUAUGGAUGACGAGACCAAGCCCAUAAUCCUGAAGGACGGGAAGCGCACGGAGUUUCCGUUGCCCACCAGAAAGAUCGGGACUGUCCGGCGUCUGCGCACCAGGCGCCCGUUGGCGGCUGAGCCGUCUUGCGCCUAGCCAGGGCAGUUUUUUUUCGCGAAGAUAACGAAGAAUGAGAGGAAUGCUAGGAAGGAGGGAUUGCGGCAUGUGGUUGGUGGGUUCAGGAGG